GGCUGGCCCGCCGGCUGCGCUGACAUCACUGUCCCGGCGCCGGCCUUUUAGCGCAGGGUCGGCCUCGUCACCGUGCAGUGUGCUGGCCCCCGCGCAGAGCAUCACCCCGCGCCUCCCUCAGCAGCCGCUCGUCUCCCACCCGCCGCAGAGAUGGCGAACAAGGGCCCGGCGUACGGCAUGAGCAGGGACGUGCAGUCCAAGAUCGAGAAGAAGUACGACGACGAGCUGGAGGACCGGCUGGUGGAGUGGAUCGUGGCGCAGUGCGGGGCGGCGGUGGGUCGCCCCGAGCGGGGCCGCCUGGGCUUCCAGGUCUGGCUGAAGAACGGCAUCGUCCUCAGCCGGCUGGUGAACAGCCUGUACCCCGACGGCGCCAAGCCCGUCAAGGUCCCCGACACGCCCCCCACCAUGGUCUUCAAGCAGAUGGAGCAGAUUGCCCAGUUCCUCAAGGCGGCCGAGGACUACGGUGUGGUCAAGACGGACGUGUUCCAGACCGUCGACCUCUUCGAAGCCAAGGACAUGGCGGCGGUGCAGAGAACGCUGAUGGCGCUGGGGAGCCUGGCGGUCACCAAGAACGACGGGAACUACCACGGGGACCCCAACUGGUUCAUGAAGAAAGCGCAGGAGCACAAGCGGGAGUUCACCGAGAGCCAGCUGAAGGAGGGCAAGAACGUCAUCGGCUUACAGAUGGGGAGCAACAAGGGAGCGUCACAGGCGGGGAUGAGCUACGGCCGGCCCCGGCAGAUCAUCAGCUAGGCAGCCCCCUCGCCGCCCCCCGCCCCGGCCGGGACCGCCGUCCUCGCUCCCCCCGGCCCGGCGCGCCGCAGCCGCCCCGCACCGAUUGGUAUUUAUUGGAAAGGAAACGCCAGCCGACGCAAAGCAGCCCGCCGCGCUCGCCCCGGGCAGCCGCUCCCCUCCGGCCUCGCACGCCCCCGCCGCCAGCCGGCCCCGCUCCCGCCGGCACCCGUGGGUGCCCCGCCGCUCCCCCCGGGACGGCGGGCGGGAAGGGCGCGCGCCCCGGCCCCCGGGGCCACCCCCCCUGCCCGCAGCCCCGCACGAGCCCCGCGCCACCGCUGCACAGACCCUUGCGAACGGGGAGGAAAGAGAAUUGGCCUCGGUUUUGUACUUCGUUCUUCUCAAAAUUAAAAGGUUACUCAUCUA